AUGGAUAUUUCUAAAGCUGGUGAAUGGGGUCGUCAGGCACAGAUAAAUCCAUCUCGGUGUUUGCUACUUAGUGAUAUCCCAAUAGAUGUGAGGGAUGAGACUAUUGCAGAUGUGCUCAAUACAGUGAAGGUAUUUGGUCGUACCAGGAUCCAUGGUAGACGGAGAGAUCCUACAGGGACCAAGUUGUUCCUGUUGCUUGAAACUAGUAAUGAUAUUGAUUCAGACACUGUACCACCAGAGAUAGGUAUUCCUAAUGAGGUGGGGCCCUGGAAGGUACAUGUACCUGAAAGAAUGGUGGCAGAUCCACCUGUGGGGAAUGCUGUUUUCCAAGAAAAGUUGCAAUCUAUGCUGCAGCAGGAAGGAAAGUCACUGGAGGAUGUAAAGGCUAUGUUGGGCCGAAGUCAGUCCUCCAAUGUAAAUGUAAAUCUUGACUUGGUGAAUGCUAUUGAUCGCCUUGUAAAUAAGUGUAUUCAUGUGCCCAGUGACCCGUCAGGUUACAGGAGAUUAAGAGUAUUUUCAGGUGUGAAACCCGUACCGGCUGGGGAGGAAGAGUAUGACCCCUGGAUGGAGCAGGCCGGCCAAAUGAUUAGCGAGUGGCAGUGUGCUGAUUCUGUAAAAAGACAGCGAAUUGUUGAAAGUCCGAGAGGACCGGCUUCGGACAUAAUCCGAUUUCUGAAAGUUAGUAAUCCUGCUGCUACGUCUGCUGAUUAUUUAGUUGCUCUUGAAACUGUCUACGGUGAUGUUGAAAGUGCAUCUGAUCUGCUUGCAACGUUCGGAGUACUUGCCAAAAGGAGAACGAAAAGCUUUCUGAUUUCAUUUAUAGACUGGACAAGCUUCUUCACCGCCUGCUUGUGA